GCCUACAAUAUUUGCUUCACUAGCUACGUACUUAGCUACUUUUAAGCCUCAACUGAAGCUCAAUUAUAUGUGGUCGAUUGUGUAUACAGGUUAAAGUACUUUCCUGUUACUUUGAAUGAUGAUUUAUAAUAGACUGAUCAAUUUUAUAUGUAAAAGUAAUUUGAUCCGUCUAAAAUUAGGAUGCAUUAGCUGAAUGACAGCAAAUCGUAGUUAUUAGAUAUAUGUCUAUAUAUCAUGAACUUUUUAUUAUUGCUAGCUUCCAAUGCAUAUUAUCUUCCAACUUAUUAUAUAAAGGCCUUGUUUAUGCUUACCCGCAGCUCCAAAUUAGUACAGGUUAGUUUAGGCAGUCAUAUUUUGAGUCAUGUUAAUUCAAUUAGGUCGAUACAAAAUCAUUGACUUCAUUCUGGAGUCGAUAUGCAAGUUCCAUAAAGUAAUCCUUGUUUUAUUAUUGUAUAUUGUUAAAGAUUUGUUUAAUUAGCUAGCUUUAUCGUUUAGUUAAUCUGCAGUACUAGUUGUCCUUUAUUAAUUUAUAAAUAGAUACUAAACUGACAGAUGGAGUUUACUUGUAGGUGAAGGAUCAAAUCUCUCAACUUGCACUUAGUUAUUGUAGUGAUUGCUCUAUAAAUACUGGAACUCAAAGUCCCAAGUUUCAUCAAGCCUCCCUCAACCAAUUGUAUAUGACAUGGGAACCUUAUUGGAUCAUUCCAAUAUGCAUAAUGAACAAGAUGAUCAGCGGCAGCUUCCUUAUGAGAUUGUGGAGAAAAUUCUGCUGCAACUGCCGGUGAAGUCCCUCCUUCGUUUCAGAAGCGUAUGCAAGCCAUGGCUUGCUCUCAUCUCCGACCCAAAGUUUGUCAAGUCACACCUCCUUAUCCGCUCUACCAAACACGACGACGAUGACGAUGAUUGUGAUCGUGAUCAUGAUGCUCACGGCAAAACUAUAUUGUCAAGAGCACGACUCUUGCUUUCCUCUUUGUCCCUCCUCCAGUCCGUCCACGUACAAGUUCUCAAUACCACUACUAUUGAUGCACCCGCAACGGCAACUUUGCCAUCCCGUGGCGACGGUGAAGCAGAAAGUCUAGCAGAAGCAAAGGCAGAAACAGAAACGAAGGCAGAAGCAGCUGGCACGACUGGUGCUAAUAGUGCUACUAGGGUCGUGGAGGAGGAACAUGAGUACUAUGUGACAAUGAGGCGGCCGGUCAAAGACAUGAAGAUUGUCGGCUCUUGUAACGGCCUGGUGUGUUUGGUGGUUGACUUAGAAGAUAUGAUGAUUUAUAAUCCAUCCACCAGGCAGGUUCAUGCAGCCCCAAAGUUGGCAACAAUCUCCGGUAAGGAUUACUUCUAUGGCUUCGGUUACGAUUCGCGCAGGGAAGACUAUAAAAUAGUGAGGGCCACUUCUUCAAGUAAGGCUGGCGUUUUCGCCACCCAACUUGACAUUUAUUCUUUGAAGACCAAUACAUGGAGAGCCAGGUCCGAAACCCUGCCUUUUUACUUUCUGUUCAACCUUGUCGGAACCCUACUCAACGGGGGUCUCCACUGGGCAGUCCGCUGCGGAAAGACUACUGAUCAAGCUUCCGCAAACGGUGAGGAUAAGAGGUCUUUCUCAAUCGUUUCUUUCGAUAUAGCGGAGGAGACGUACCGGCAAGUUUCCCUACCGGGCGACGGCGACAAGAAUUUCUCGUUCUAUGGUUUGGGGUUUUAGGAGGGCGGCUGAGUAUGCUUCACAGCCCUCAUGGGUCUGAUUACCAGGUGUGGUUAAUGAAUGAGUACGGGGUCAAGGCAUCUUGGUCUAUUUUCACUACCAUUCCGCAGAAGAUGGAUUCUGAAUACCUAGGGCUGAUGUCACUUCUGAGUAUUUUGAAGAACGGGGAGAUUCUAAUCCUCUUGCAUCAAAGGAAACUAGUCAUUUACAGUCAGGCAGACAGAAACUUCCGAGCCGUCUUUGCUGGGGAUGUACGCUCUUCUCAAGUGGCUUUGUACAUGGAGAGCCUUGCUUCACCCACCAUAAAAUACUCCAUGGUCAGAUAGCUGAUCAUAUUAUCAUGUACUUUAUUUCAUUGCUGUCAAGUAAACAUGACGUCAAACUACAUUAUUUCAUUUGCAACAAACUAGGCUUUGAAGCAUGUUAUUUUAAUAUUUGCAAAGGAAAACAAAUAUUAUUGACUCUAA